UUUCAGUUCUAAAAGAGAAUAAUAAAAAUGAUUCGGUUGUUAAUAUUUUUUAAAAUAUUUGGGCUUAGUCUUGCACUGACCGUCACUAAACACUCACCAGCAGAUGUCAUAACAGUUAAGCAGGGUGAAACCUUUACACUCCUAUGCACAGUGGACACCUUCUACGAGUGGUGUACAUUCCGUCAUGAAGAUAAGAUCUGUGAUUAUGAAUGGAAAAGAGCAGCUUGGAAUCUUACUGUAGCUGAUUGUGAUGCUUAUGCAGACAGAGCUUCAUACCAGGGUCGUUAUGAUUAUUACGAGUGUGGAGUAGAAAUCCGCAAUGCUGGUCCUGAAGAUACCGGGGAGUGGUCAUGUGACCUGGAAGAGUAUAUCAGGGGAGGAGAGAGGGGACAGGGAGCAAAGGCGUCCCAGAAGUUCCAGGUGGUUGUUGAGGUUCCAACAACCACAACUACUACAACUACCACAACAACUACUACGACAACAACCACAACAACCACAACUGUAUCUAGCACUACAGAAGAUGAGGAUGAGUACGAGGAAGAUUAUGAGUUGACCCCUGUGGACCCUGCUGGCGAGGCUGGUGAGAGGUCGGAGGAUGUUCCUGAGGAGACCCCUGUACCUGAUGCUGAUAGUGCUGAUAGCGGGGUUCAUAUUGGAGUAGCAGUUAUGAUACUGUUUAUUGUACUGGCAACAUCUCUAGUGUUCGGUCUACAUUAUAAGAGGAAGCUUCAUCCCUGCUUCUACAGUGUGUUUAAGAGGAACUGGAAAGCAGUUCGAGCAAAUGAUGACGGAACAGAGGAUGAGGAAGCACAUCCGACAAUUAUCAAAAACGGGAAGGAUCUCAAUGUUAGUGAGCUUGGACCAAUGGGAGAGAAUGCCAACCUCAACCCUGAUCUGACCACGGUUACUUGGACGAGUGAGGAAAAGGAUGAAAUUGACAUCAUUAAAGACGACAUUCAUAAAGCUGCCGAGAAAGACGACAUUGCCAAGAAAGAAAAGGAAGACGACUCGAAGGACGCUGAGCCCGAGAAAAAGGAUGAUGAAAAGACUAUUGAAAAUGAAACCACUCCUCUUCAUAAAGAAGACUAAGCUGAACACUAAAUUACUCAUUAUAAACUUAUUUGACAUGUUCUAAACUUUUUAAGGUUUAAAAGCAAUGGCUGACGAUGCAUUUGCGAAUUAUGUACAAACAUAUCCCACUCUUUGACUGUUGGCAGAUCUCAUUUUAUUUCAAUAUGAUAUUUAAUGAUGUAACAUUAACUUUUGUAAAUUGUAUUGAUUACAUUUAACGUAUUGAUCCCAAUCGACGUAUUGAUUCCAAUUCACGUACUGUAUUAAAUGAAUGAACUUACUAGCUAAUUUAUACUUUAAGUUUAGCUAAACCCUCUUAUAAUUAUUGUUUAUAUUUAAGUACACUGUCAACUAAUGUAUUAUCAAUGCUUAGUAAUUGUAUUGUAUGUAGAAUUGUACCGUGUAGCAUGGUGCAACUAUUACCCUUCUUGCAUCAAAUAUUCAUACUGAUCAAAUAAACCAAUUUAUUCAAUCUCAAAUCUUUAAAAAUAACUUGCCAAGUUUCUGAAAGAAAUUGGAAAACUGGAAGAUAAAAAAUGUAUUUUAAAAGGACUUUAAAAUGUUGUCUGCUGCAUAAUAUUAUAUGUACUCAGUUUGGAGAUGUUUUUUUCACAGAUUGUUCUGUAAUUCAAAAGUUAGAAACUCUCCGAGAACGCAGUUUAUUUUUAUAAUCAUCUUUUAAACAACAUAGUAUUAUAUGUUCUCAGUUUGGAGAUGUUUUUUUCACAGAUUGUUCUGUGAUUCAAAAGUUAGAAACUCUCCGAGAACGCAGUUCAUUUUUAUAAUCAUCUUUUAAACAACAUAAUAUUAUAUGUUCUCAGUUUGGAGAUGUUUUUUUCACAGAUUGUUCUGUGAUUCAAAAGUUAGAUUCUCUCCGAGAACGCAGUUUAUUUUUAUAAUCAUCUGUUAAACAACGUUAACAUUUUGAACGUGGCUCUGCUCUACAAUGCUUCAUAAUAAAAUAAUAAAUACCU